AUGUUUGCCUACCUGAAAGAGGAAACGGGGGACGCAGUCGACGACAAGACCUUGCGCAGGUUCUGCGACGAGAGCGUCCAGCGAAACGAGUGGUUGGAGAAACACGGCGCACGAUUCGAGGCAUCCUUGUGUCCGUAUAAGACGAGCUAUCCGACAAAUCAACACUAUCUGUACUUCUCUGGCAAUGAGAAGUCGCAUCCUUUCAACAAGGUGGCGGAACCGGCUCCGAGAGGACAUCGGAUGGUCCAACCAGGUUUCUCGGGCGGGGAGCUCUGGCGCGUUCUAUUCGAGUCGGCCUUGGGACUUGGGGUUGACUUCCAGCCUGCCACGAAAGUCGAAAGAGUCCUGUUUGAUGGCCAGGGCAAGACAAGUGGAGUAGAGAUCAGGACAAUGUCCAAUACGAACUCUCUCUUUGCCAAGCACGAGAGCCUGGUCAAGAAGAUCAAGAAGUAUCAGCUGAUGGCCUCACAGUUGGCGGACAAGUAUCACCAACAAGCUGAUAAAAUCUGGCAAGAACAUGCCGUAUCAGAAACGAUCCACUCGCGGGCUGUCGUGCUGUCAGCCGGCGGGUUCGCCUUCAAUCACGAAAUGCGGCAAGUUUUUCUCCCCGAGUUCUCCACCGUCGCACCCCUUGGAACACAGGGCGAUGACGGGUCUGGAAUCAACAUCGGCGUCGAGGCCGGGGGUGCAGUGUCCAACAUGAACAAGAUGUCCGCCUGGCGUUUUCUGUACCCACCAACAGCCCUGGUUGAGGGUGUUGUCGUGGCCCAAGACGGCAAGCGAUUUGCAGCCGAGGACAUGUACGGGGCGACUCUAAGCGACAUCAUGAUUCGGGAUCACGACGCGAAAGGAUUUCUGAUUCUUGACUCAAAUCAGUGGGCUAAGGCCAGGGGCCAGUUGUUUAAGCAAACAAACUUUCCUCUGUUGGUUCAACGACUCCACUGGCUUUACUGGGAUUACAAAAAAGCAAGUUCGCUCGAGGCGCUGGGCAGCAAACUCGGCGUCUCGGCCGAGGGCUUGAAAAGUACGGUGGAGGGGUAUAACCGGGACAUUUCGAGCCGGAAUGAAGAUCGCAUGCAUAAGGCCUCAGAGUACUGCACACCGCUGUUGAAGCCCCCCUUCUACGGCGUUGACAUCUCGUGCCGCGUGGGAGGCAUUCAAGCUGUCAAUGGCCUCACUCUUGGCGGCCUGCGCGUCGAUGGAGACACGGGGCUGGUCCUGACAGGGGAAGAUAAGACCAUCCCCGGUUUAUAUGCAGCUGGGAGAACUGCCGUCGGAGUUUGCGCCAACGGGUACGUGAGUGGGUUGUCAAUCGCUGAUGGGGUCUUUUCUGGCAAGCGAGCCGGGGAACAUGCGGCGCGAGAAAACAAGUGA